UUUACUUUUGUUUACGCUGUUUACUUAGGCAAGAAGUUUUAUUGAUGUGAGUGAAAAAGCAUGAAAUAAAAAUGCUUGUUAGCCGUGUAAAAACAUACCUAAGUGUUUUUUCAAUACUUUGACUGGCUCAUCGAGUAGUUUUUUUGUCCUAAGCGCCGUAAUACAUAUUUAAUCGUAAACUAAUUCAUCACGUUCUACCCACAAUGUACACUAGGGCUACAUACAACAACACCCGAGCAGGUCCAAGCCGGCAUUCAUUUUCUUUGGAUAAUGUCGGUCCUAAUCCAUAUUUUUUCGAUUAUCCACGUCAAAAUUUUGGCCUCCAUUCUGGACAAUCAGAUCGCACACGUGAAUACAAUCAAAAUAGGCAUCAAAGUUUGACAGAUACUUUUCCUGAUAUGUCCAGUCAAAUUCGUUCCUAUUCAAACCAACGAUUUGGCCCAGAUAACCCUCAAAACCGUCGAUACCAGAGAGGCUCAAAUCAUCAAGAUCGGAAACGGGAGCAUAAUCAUUAUGAAAACCGUGAAAGAGCAAACCAUAAUCGUAAGAAUCAGGAACCGAUAUCUCCAGAUAUACGUUUACGAGCUGACUCACAGAACAGCAGAAAAAAGAUGACGCUUCACUCUCCUAGUAUGAAUAAUAAUGUGUACAUUUGUCCCGGCUGCUCAUCUCCAUUCGACUGCCUUGCUAGAUGUAAUCAGUACGUGGGAAAUGUUCCCCUCGUCCUUAACUGCAGACACACAGUUUGUCAAGAAUGCAUAUACAAGUCUGUGUUGAAAAGCUCCAUUGUAUGCCCGGUAUGUAGAAACCCAUCGGUAUUAUCAAAUGGUUGUCUCGAUAACAUACAAGAAGAAUUCUCUCCCAACUUUUACUUGCUUGGUCUGAUAUUGUGGACGAAAACAAUAGGAAAUAAUGUGAACCGCAUGAUGCUUGUCCCCGUUGAACCAGUGCAUAGUCACAAAAAAUCUGUGGAACAGAUUAUAGAAACAGCCAGUGAAUCGAUAGAAAAAUGUUGUUUCCUCUCUUGCAAUCGCAAUGCAACUCUGCAUUGCGUAGACUGUAACGACAUUUACUGUCCAGACUGUUGUUCUGUGGUCCAUAAGAGUGCAAAAUCUCUGUGGAAUCAUAAGCAGACUCCCAUUCGGGUAGAAAAAGGAACUGUAGACUUGGAAAAAUGCAGUGAGCACAAUAUGGACGUUGAGUUCUUUUGCAAAACAUGCGAAAUAGGAGCUUGCUGCUACUGCUUCCUCGAAAAACACGAAGGUCAUGAAAAGGAUCAUUUAUCUAGAUUGAACGAUGUGGAAAUGGCUAGGCUGAAGUCUUACAAGGAUAAAGCUGCAAAGAUCCUGAAACAGCUCAUAAUCACUCAGAAGAGGUUGAAGAAUCUGAAUAAUUACAGUACUUCAGUUGUCGAGAAAAAAAUCUCCAACUAUUUCUUGAACUAUCAUGCAAAACUUCACUUUCUCGAAAAGAAUCUCAGGAAAGAAGCAUCUUCUGGACACAAAACUCUCGGAUCUACAAAAGGUCUAGAAGACAUCAACAGGAACAUGAACGCUUCAAUCAAUACAUUGAAAAAUAUCCUGGCCACCUGCGAUCUCGUAGAUAUUAAAAAACUCAAUCUGAAAGAGGUUCUAAAUAAACUCGGGAAAGUUAUCAAUACCCCUUGUUAUUUGAUUAACGAAAACUGCAAAGGAUUAGAUCCCAUCGAAUUUGAAGUUGAUCCUCAGGCUGAGAAUUUCGAAGAAUUCUUCAGGAUUAAGAAGAAUGAAGAAUUUAACUAUUCCCUGGUCACUGAAGAAGACUUACCUGAGGAUUACGAGAGAGAUUCUCUUGAAGCACAGUACGAGAGUGAUGCCGAAAGUUUCAUGAGUACUUUAAGUGAGUAUUUUCUCAUUGAUGCGAAGGCAAAAUUCAUGUCUCAGUCUGAGUUAACAGCAAAGGCUGAAGAAACUCGUCGCCCCAAAAAGAAGUCUCCACCAUCCUUAAAGCAGAUAAUAGGUAAUCAUUUGAAUAUUCAAAUAGAUAUCGAGAAGGUCGAAGUAACGCACAUAGAGUCUCUAGAAUGCUUUUACGUUCAACUGAAGAAGACCCAGUCCAGGUUCUUGCAGAUGAAUCAAGAUAUCGACAACUACAUCAAAAUGGGCGCCGCUACUGUUGAUCAGCCGCAAUUGAACGAACUCUACUUGGCGCUGUACGUUGUUUCGAAGAAAGAAAAGGUUUGGUGCAGGGGGCGGGUGACCGAAAUCAAAAACGGGGAGGCGGAGCCGCUUUACGAGGUGUUUUUCAUCGACUAUGGCUCCACUCAAACACUCGAUAUCAACAAACUUCGAGUGAUAACGCCCAGCAUCGCCUCGAGAAAGGCCUAUGCCAUCCAGUGUGAACUUCAGAAUCCUAGCGAAGUGAAUUGGUCCAAAAAUGCACAUGUUCACAUGGGGAAAAUCAUCAACGG